GCUCAUUAAGCCCUAUCGGAGCCAAUUAAGAGCAGCUUGAAGCCAAUUAAGGACUCAUUAGCCCCUUCGGCUCACCAUGUUCUACUACCCGGAGGUGCUGAGGCGGCACACGGGAUGCUUCGGGACCAUCUGGCUGGCGGCCACGUGCAGCUCUCGGCUGCUGCGCAGGGAGUAUAUGGGGGUGGACGUACCCCGAGUCUGCGCCACGCUGCUGUCGUUCGUGCAGGGCCGAGGCCUGGGCUCGGCCGCGCCCCCCCCGCCCGGCUUCGGCCCCCCCCGCUGCUCCCUCUACCUGGCGGCGCUGCUCCAGCUGGGGCUGGCCAGGGUGUACAGGCGGCAGUGCGGGCACCUGCUGGGUAAGGGGCCGUACGGGCACGUAACGACCGGCCGGGGGCCAGGGGGACCCAGAGGGAACCAUAGAGAGACUGUAGGGACCUAUAGAGCCCACAGAGAGCCAUAGAGCCCAUAGAAACCGAUAAGGACCCAUAGGGAUCAAUGGGGACCCAUAGAGCCCCAUAGCGACCUACAGAAACCAAUAGGAACCCAUAGAAACCAAUAGGGACCCAUAGGAAUCAAUGGGAGCCCAUAGAGCCCCAUAGUAACUAAUAGGCACUCAUAGAGACCUAUAGGGACCCACAGGGAACCAUAGAGCCCAUAGAAACCAAUAAGGACCCAUAGGGAUCAAUGGGGACCCAUAGAGCCCCAUAGUGACCCACAGAAACCAAUAGGGACCCAUAGAGGAGCGUCUGUGCCCCAUAGAAACCCACAGUGGGGGUCCCUCUGCCCCAUAGCGGGGUCCCUGUGCCCCAUAGUGGGGUUCCUCUGCCCCAUAGCGGUCUCUGCCCCACAGAGGAGGUGUCGCUGACCCUGGAGCGGCUGCACCGAGCUCGGCCGCCCCCCAACAUCGACGUCAGCCCCCCGCGGCGGUGAGACCCAUAGCUGCCCCAUAGCCGACCCAUAGCUGCCCCAUAGAGACCCACAGCGACCUAUAGCUGCCCCACAGUGACCCAUAGUGUCCCAUAGCUGCCCCAUAGCGGCUCACAGAGACCUACAGCCGCCCCAUAGAGACGCAUGGCUGCCCCAUAGAGACCCAUAGAGACCCACAGCAACGCAUGGCUGCCCCAUAGCGACCCAUAGCUGCCCCAUAGAGACCCACAGUGACCCAUAGUGUCCCAUAGCUGCCCCAUAGCGACUCACAGAGACCUACAGCCGCCCCAUAGAGACGCAUGGCUGCCCCAUAGCGACCCAUAGAGACCCACAGGGACCCAUAGCUGCCCCAUAGAGACCCACAGCGACCUAUAGCUGCCCCACAGCGACCCAUAGUGUCCUACAGCUGCCCCAUAGUGACUCACAGAGACCUAUAGCUGCCCCAUAGACACCCACAGCGACCCAUAGCCGCCCCAUAGGGACCCACAGCGACCUAUAGCUGCUCCACAGCGACCCAUAGUGUCCCAUAGCUGCCCCAUAGCGACUCACAGAGACCUAUAGCCGCCCCAUAGAGACACAUGGCUGCCCCAUAGUGACCCAUAGAGACCCACAGCGACGCGUGGCUGCCCCAUAGCGCCCCAUAGAGACCCACAGCGACCCAUAGCCGCCCCCUAGAGACCCACAGCGACCCAUAGGUGCCCCAUAGAGGCCCACGGCUGCCCCGUAGCACCCCCGAAGCGCUCCGUAGCGCCUCCCCCCCCCCCCCCCCCCACUGUGCCCCAUAAGUCCGCCCCAUAGCCGCCCCACGGCGCCUGCCCCCCAGGCCGCAGCUGGUGGGGGACGCGCGGGCGCUGAUGGCGGCGCUGGAGUCGGCGCCGGAUCCGUUCUUCGGGCGCAUGGAGGAGGCCCUGCCCAGCCCCACGGCGCUGCCGCAGGUGCGCGACCCACGGCUGCCCCACAGCUGCCCCACAGCUGCCCCAUAGCUGCCCCAGAGCGCCCCCAUGCCUGACCCAAAUCGCCCUAUAGAGACCCAAAGCGCCCCAUAGAGCGCCAUGGCUGCUCUAUAGAAGCACACAGUGCCCCAUAGCUGCCCCAUAGCCACCCGUAGCGCCCCACGGCUGCCCCAUAGAGACCCGUAAGGUGCCAUAGACAGCCUAUAGAGACCCAUAGCGACCCAUAGAGCCCCACAGCUGCCCCAUAGAGACCCAUAGAGAGCCAUAGGGACCCAUAGACACCCUAUAGAGCCCCAUAGCUGCCCCAUAGAGACCCAUAGCUGCCCCAUAGACACCCUAUAGAGCCCCAUAGGGACCCGUAGAGCCCCAUGGCUGCCCCAUAGUGACCCAUAGAGCCCCACAGCUGCCCCAUAGAGACCCAUAGAGACCCAUAGCUGCCCUAUAGGGACCCAUGGAGACCCAUAG